GUUUUCAGAUGAAUUGGGUUCGCGCCUUGGCUAAACGUGCUAUGUAUUGCUAAAUAAAAUUCCAAUUACUUAGUGGACAAUUUUCAGGCAAUUAAAUUUGGAUUUGUUUACAACAAUUCUAAAUAAGUAAAGUGGAAAAAUAAUUAGACACCAAUUAUGUUAAGACAAAAUUGUGGUUGUAUAUAUUCAAAAGCAAAAAAAAACGCUCAUCUCUAAAUUAUCUGGGUUAUCUGUAAUCGCCCAAAUAACCGAAGCCGCUUUAAAAGGGAGAUGACAAAAUUUUGACAUUUCACAGGUUUUCACAAUUUUCAUUGGCCAGUUUGCAGUUUUCGGUUAUUCCAUUAUUCUUUAUCGAGAAGCAGAAGUGAUAGUGUCGUUUUCGGGUCUCGUGAAAAUUCGUUCUGAAAAUUUUCUUGAUAAUUGUGGUAAAAGUGUAAAUUAUUCGAUUAAUCAAAGAAUUUUCCUCCUUUCAAAUUCACACCCCAUACGCAAAUGUUCUGAAAAUCGUCGCGCGAAGGAGAAAUUUCGAAAUAGGUGUGUUUAUGUGCGUAUGUACGUGUAUUGGCGGAAUUAAGAAAAAACACUUAUGUAUGUACAUACAUAAGAAGAAUAAGCUAAAAAAUUUUGAUAAAAGAAAAUUGUAAAGAAAAAGCCUAGUGUAGUAUAAAACGCCGACGUUGAAAACCGAAGAAUAGUGCAUGGAAGAAUAUAUAUAAUACAAGCAGAGAAAAGUUCGGUUCAUUCCGUGUGUUGGCCAAAAGUAAAAUUGUGACAACAACAAAAACAACAAGAAAUUCAACAGCGGCGACUGCAGCGUUGUUAGUAGAAACAAAGUCAGUAGCAGCGGCUUCAACGACAGCGUCAAGCCCAAAAAGACAGUAGCAAAUUGUAUGCCGCAUAGAUGAUUUUUAUUGAGGCCAACACACUACAUACUUGUAUGAAAUCGAAUUACUAAAAUCAAAAUUUCAAAUCAAUGAAAUGUGAAUUGAAAGCAAAUAACAAAUAAAAGUACAUAUGUACAAAAAUGCAUACAUGAACACUUAUUAAUAUGAAGUUGAUGUGAAUCAUAAAUGAAAUUCAUUGAUUAAAUAAAUUGAAUUGGAUCGACACAUUUUUUCUAAAUAAAAAGCUUAUCACUUAUAGAAUUCGCAAACAUUUUUUAAACCAUAUUGCCAUUACUAAAUACGUGCAAACAAAUAUUAUUCGCAAAAAAAAAGAGAAAGAAAAUUAAAUCACGAAAAGUUUCAAACCAUAAAUAAUAAUAAAAUACGAGUCGAAACAUAUCUACAUAUGUUUGUAUGUUAAAAUUUUUGGUAGGAUUUAUUAAUUAGCUCCGCAUGUUUUUCUUGUUUACAUUUGUAUUUAGAUAAAAAAGGCUUAGAUUAUUAAAAUCCAUAGUUUAGUCCAAAGGCCUUCGGUCUAUCGAUAACAAUCAAUGCCACAUUUAUACAGGUAUCUUAUAGUCCUUGAAUAUCAAGAAAAAAAUGUCUAUUGUUUGCUAGAUAUAAAACUAAACGCUCUUUGAGCCUGAAACAGUGAGCAAAGUACUAAUACUAAACAUUUUGUAGAAAUUUUCCUAAUUUUCUCUCUGUGCAACAGAUCCAUUGGUGUCUACAAACAGUUUUUGACCGAUAAUUGUGAAUGCUCAGUAUACGACGACAUGUUCAAUAUUAAAAAUAUAAAUGCAUAAAAAAUCAUAAUAAUGAGCUAUUAAUUAAAGUAAAUGACAAAUGGCAUUAUUUGUACAAUUAAUAAAUAAAUGUAUGCAAGUAUCUGUCUUUACUUUUGAAUGAAAUAAAAAAAAAGAAAAAAACUGAUGUGUUGUUUUCCUGCUUUUAGUGAUUUUUAAGCUGCAAUAAAAAACAAUACAACAAAUAAAAAAAGAGCGCCAGACAUACUCGUACUUUGCUAAGUGCGCCAGCUACUUUUUGUUACAUUCAUGAGCAGAAUCAUCAUUGUUAAAAAAGUUUAUUCGUGCAUAAAUCCUCGAAAAUCUACUUAAGUCCUUAAGUAGUAGUCAAAAGUUUACUACAACAAUCAAGUUCUACUCAUACUUUUGCAAAAAUCAGCAAAUAAUACAAAAAAUUACAAAAAGGAAAAAAAAUACCAACCAAUUUGGUAGUUGUUAAGCUGUUCGAAAGUGAAAUAUAAAAUAUAAAGUAAAAAGUAAAAAAAAAAACAACUACAAUUUCAUAUCAACAAUAAUUGAGUGUAAAAGUUUCGAGUUUGGCAUUCUGUGCAUUGUUGUUUGCCUUAAUUGUUGUUGUCAACUGUAUAUUGUGCAGCGGCUAUCAAGCCUAAUUGGGGAUCCCUAAAUUAAAGUGCGCGUAAUGAUAUGAUUGGACACAUUUUUGGUCCUCAAAAAUAACUGUCGAUUUAAAAAAAAAUGCAGAAAGUGGCAACUUCAUAUGCCGCAAUUCAGUUACCCAUUUAUAAGUCUGAGAAAAGGGCACUAAAAUAACACAAUAAACGCACAGAAUUCCGCACCAAAACUCAUCAAAAGCGCACGUUACUCCAAAGAUAAACAAACUUUUUCAAAAAAAAAUAACAGAUCAGGAAAAUCACAGCAUUCGAAGGCACUAUAAACAUUGCCAAGGCAGCCAAAGUACGCCAAUUUCCAAUUAAUUCAGCUACACACAGUAGCCUGCGUGCCAUUAUCAGUGGCUCUUGUAACGGUAAAUAUUUGAAAAGGAAACUAAAUGACGCCAAUCUUUACAACGACAACUACAACAACAACCACUUUAAAUCAAACAUAUCGCGCACUAAUGCGGCAGGACCGAACAGAAGUAGAAGCGCUGAAACAAAUUACAAUAAAUAAAAUACCCACAACAACAACAACAGUAAUAACAAAGGCAACACCAGCAUCUGCAUUGGCUGGGUACCAAUCGUGCGUGCUGCUAUAAGCUUUUCAAAUUAGUUGCGCAGAAAAGGAAGUGGGUGCGUACGCCAUAUUGGUCGGCCGUUUGGUUAGUCAGCGGGUGAGUGAGUUUGAGAGCAGGGUACUUGGCGCAAGGAGGGCGCACAGCAAAAUCGACAUUUUUGGCAGAAAUCCAGAACGACGACGACACACACACACACAUAAACAUAAAACCGUAAACGGAAACACGAGUGUAAACGACAGGCUGAAAAUUGUUUGGCAAUCGAGUUCCGUUCGUUGACUUGGUGGCACUGCUCACUGCCAACUCAGCUGGACGUGUGAAGCAGAGUGUGUGCGCACAGUGUGCACAGUGGGCAAUUGGCCAAUAUAUUCCGUUUUUUCAUGGAUACUUUGUACUCCUAUGCAUGUGUGUGCGCUUCAGGUGUUACAUAUAUAACUAUAACCACGUGCUAUUACGAGAGGCGUUAAAAUAUCAACCCACUGGUGUGCGCAUAACGAUAAUCAACAUUUUUUAGAUCGCAAACAUAAACAUAUACAUUUAGUGGUUUUCCAACGCUGUGACUGUGAUUGUAAAAAUCAUUUUGUGCGAAUAAAAUAACAGUGUUGCAUUUGUAUUGCUGCUUGGCAAGCAUAAAUUCCAUCGUCAGUCGUCAUACAUAUAAUUUGUAGCGGUUAAACGUACACUUCGAAUCGGUAUUUAAUUCUCGUUGCUGCGUUCAAGCACAUUCACACCUUACUUGAGGCGGCGGUACACUUGUAAGCCGCCCCUUACGACCGACACACACACACACGCCCAUAAAUACAUUUUUCUGUAGAGAGAUAUUUUUCCAGCCGGCCAAAGGAUACAAUAAAAAACCGCCAACCUGGAACUAAUGGAAUUAGAGAAUAUUGUGGCCAAUACGGUCUACUUGAAAGCCAGAGAAGGCGGUUCAGAUAGCAACAAGGGCAAAAGCAAGAAAUGGCGCAAAAUACUACAAUUCCCACACAUAUCACAGUGUAUACACCUCAAAGACAAAUUAGAUAUAAGUUAUGGUUACGUGAUAGACCAACAACCCAUCGGCCGGACAUUAUUUCGGCAAUUUUGUGAAAGCAAGCGGCCAAUUUACUUUCGCUACAUAUCAUUUUUGGAUGAAGUGCAGCGAAUCUCUUUUCUGCUCUCUACUAAUAAAAAAUUUAGAUAUGACGUGGAGUACGAUGAGAAUCGUAUUGCCAUAGCUUUAGAUAUUGGCCGACGCUUCUUGGCCAUUGACACGCCCGUUUCAUUGAAUAACGGCAUUUGCGACAACAGCAAUGAGAAUGAAAACGAUGAUGAUGCCAAUAAUAUCAACAACACCAACACCAACACUUCCACCAUUGAAAAUAAUACCGCAGACGAGACUGAUAAUUACAACAAUACCACCGCGAAUAAUAGCAGCAGUAAUAAUCACAAAACGAAAUAUGAACAUCAUAAUGGAGACGAACACAAUGGCAAUGAUCAUCUACAAAAGCAACAGCAGCUACAACAGCGGCAAUACAAUGAUGCCGGUGGCUCAGGUGGCGGUGAUAGUGGUGUGGAUGCAGGCGAUACGGUGGGUGGUGGCAGCGGUGAAGGUAGUGGAGGCGGUGGUGAUGACAGCGGCGGUAGAGGCGGUGACGCGGGCGACCUAAGCAAAGAUAGUAAUUGUCUUUAUAGUGCAGGUGGUGCCAAAUUGAAUCCGGCAACUGGCGGCGAUGAGCUGGUGCUCGAUGUGCUCAACGAUGAUCUCAUUGCGCGAGUGCGAGACAAACUCACCAGCGGCAAUAAAGAGCUCUUCGAGCCGUGUGUGACGGCCGUGAAAGCAUUCCUCGCUGGUGAGCCAUUUCAAGAGUUCGAGACUUCAAUGUAUUUCCAUCGAUAUUUGCAAUGGAAAUGGCUGGAAGCGCAACCCAUCACCUACAAAACGUUCCGAAUGUAUCGCGUAUUGGGCAAAGGUGGUUUCGGCGAGGUCUGUGCAUGUCAGGUUCGUGCAACUGGUAAAAUGUACGCUUGUAAAAAACUCGAAAAGAAGCGUAUAAAAAAGCGCAAAGGCGAAUCGAUGGUGCUGAUAGAGAAACAGAUUUUGCAAAAAAUUAAUUCCCGCUUCGUUGUUAAUUUGGCAUAUGCAUAUGAGACCAAAGAUGCGCUCUGUCUUGUGCUGACAAUAAUGAAUGGUGGUGACUUAAAAUUCCAUAUCUAUAAUAUGGGUGGCGAACCGGGCUUUGAAAUGGUGCGCGCUCGUUUCUACGCUGCCGAAGUUGUAUGCGGAUUAGAACAUCUACACCAACAGGGUAUUGUGUAUAGAGAUUGUAAGCCAGAGAAUAUACUAUUGGAUGAUCAUGGACAUGUGCGGAUAUCAGAUCUGGGUUUAGCUGUAGAAAUACCAGAAGGCGAUAUGGUGCGCGGUCGUGUCGGCACAGUUGGCUAUAUGGCUCCCGAAGUGAUCGACAAUGAGAAAUACUCAUUCUCACCGGAUUGGUUUAGUUUCGGUUGUUUAUUAUAUGAAAUGAUUGAGGGUCAGGCGCCAUUCCGUAUGCGUAAGGAGAAAGUGAAACGGGAAGAGGUCGAUCGGCGUGUGAAGGAGGAUAAUGAAAAGUAUUCUAGUAAAUUUAGUGACGAGGCUAAGUCUCUAUGUCAACAGCUGCUUGCUAAAUCGAUAAAAGUACGUCUCGGCUGUCGUAAUGGUCGUUAUGGCGCACGUGAAGUGAAAUUACAUCCAUUUUUCAAUUGCAUCAACUGGAAGCGGCUGGAGGCUGGCAUGGUGAAACCACCAUUUGUACCAGAUCCACAUGCCGUCUACGCUAAGGACGUGCUCGACAUUGAGCAAUUCUCCACAGUGAAGGGUGUGAAUAUCGAUGAUUCCGAUACGAAUUUCUAUAGCAAAUUCAAUACCGGCUCUGUAUCGAUAUCAUGGCAAAAUGAAAUGAUGGAAACCGAAUGCUUCCGCGAACUGAACGUAUUUGGUAUUGAUGAUAGUCCAACGCCCGACUUGUUGAUCAAUGCGGUGCCGGAGCCGGAAAAAGCAGGCUGUUUUCCAUUUAGAAGAAAGAACGAACAACAAUAGUCGAGUGGGUAGCAAUGCGCGUUAUAUGGUCUCGGGAGCAAUUCCGAAAAAUGUCUAAAUGUUUAAAAACUCGCCUCGCAAGAGCGAAGACCUCCAAGUAUAUUGUUGAACCCAAACAUUUAAUUAGAAAAUUUAACAAUUCUAGCGUUAUUUAUAGCUGCACCCAAAAAAAACAAAAAACAAAAAAAUAAAAAAAAGAACUGAACACACACA